AAUCCCUCUCCUAAAUGCCGUUGAAGACUUGAAUUCCACGUCCCCCACGACAGCCUAUAUAAAAGCCCGUACUUCAAUUGCGUCUCUCAUUCAAAUUCCGAUCUCAGAUUUUUACAGCAAUUAGAAACCCUAGCCCCUCUUCUGUCAAAGGAAUCUUUGUGUUGUGUGCUUUCGAUCUGAAGAGAUAUGGCUCGUACAAAGCAGACUGCUCGCAAAUCGACCGGUGGAAAGGCUCCGAGGAAGCAGCUUGCUACUAAGGCUGCAAGGAAAUCGGCUCCCACAACAGGUGGAGUCAAGAAGCCUCAUCGUUAUCGCCCUGGAACUGUUGCCCUUCGUGAAAUCCGCAAGUACCAAAAGAGUACCGAGCUUUUGAUCCGCAAGUUGCCUUUUCAGCGCCUUGUUCGUGAAAUUGCUCAAGACUUCAAGACGGAUUUGAGGUUCCAGAGCCAUGCGGUUCUUGCACUUCAGGAGGCUGCUGAGGCUUACUUGGUGGGUCUCUUCGAGGACACCAACCUGUGCGCUAUUCAUGCCAAGAGGGUAACGAUUAUGCCCAAGGACAUUCAGCUCGCUAGGAGGAUCCGUGGCGAGCGUGCUUAAGUGGAGCACUUUAUGUUUGGAUUUCGUAUUUGGUUAAAUUAGGCUAUGAUGUAGUUUGCUUUCGAUUUUUUGUAUAGUAGUUAUAACAAAGGAUUAGUACAUGGGCAAUUCGCCUCAAACUUGGUUAAUUUCGUAGUGAUUUGCUAUCUGAAUUUGUUGUUUUGAACAUUUAAUUCCUUAUAAUUAUUGUGUUGUGAAAAAUUUGCGGGGAAUUAGAACAGGAUUGGGAAA